AUGUCGAAUAUACGCUACUUCAGCAUUCAUCGUGCACCGACACCGUUUUCGCGCCUGCGGAUUCCGUGGCUCUCCGUCGCUCUGCUCGGGCUAUCGCUAAGUUGCAUUGUCGCGGCGGCUUUGACUAUUCGCUUGCUUCACAAUAGGUCGACGUCUCACUGGUACUCUUCUCCCGCCGUCGUGCUCGCCGUGAUAGCCUCCGUGUUCAACGUUGCCACCGGCACCCUCGUCUCGAUUGGGGUCGCAACGCUGUGGUGGCGAGCAGCCUCCCGCGGGACGACGUUUCGAAGCCUGCAUCUCAUCUGGGACCGUGGAUUAGGCCUCGGCUUCUUCUCUGCCCUGGCGAGCGACGGAAAUACACGGCGAACCACGAUCGCGGCCGCGAUCGUGGCCAUCGCGCGCUUCGCUGCCGGCCCACUUCUGCAGCAAGCCGUGGGACAAGCUUUUGUGCAAAUCGUCCAGCCGUUGCCAAUGAAGGUCUUCUUCAGCGAGAACUUUGUGCCCGACCGCGAUCCCGUUGGGGUAGUCAGAAUCGGCGACGUGCUCAGGCCUGUCAUUAACUACAAUGCCGCCGCUUACUUACGGCUCUUUGAACAGAACGAUCUCGAAGUCUUCUUCAACGGCGUUGGUGCUGAGUCUGGCUUCCUCGAGGACUGCCCGGAGACGAGCACGGAUACGUGUGGAGGUUACGCCUGCCCAAGGAAUAGCACGUGCAUCGUCAAAGCCAAAGGGCUGUCCAUCUCGGCCAACUGCUCAAGCACCACGGAGACGUUCAAGUUGGACGAUCCGCAGAGCCAAGGCAAAGUCGUAUUCGGUCUAGACAUGGCGUUGCUUACCUCGCCUAUCGACAUUGAUGACACCUAUCUCCGCCUCUCCACCGCCUAUAACAACUACACGUCUAGAGAUUGCGUUGGACAUAUGGUCUACGAGGACUGUGACAUUCGAGGCGCGUGGGCACAGUACGAGAUGGAGAUGACGUGGUCAAACAUAUCUUUAGUGCAGGUCUCGAACACGGGCGCCUUGGAUUAUCCACUCGACAGCUUGCGGAUCGAGAACAAGACCGAGGGCGAGGUAUACCCUGCGGGUCCGCUGAUGACGUUGAUUGCCGUCUUCAGCGAGUAUUAUUCCGGCCAAGCUACGUUGCUCGAGCCCAAGGUGGUCAACGGCACGAUGCAGGCAAUGCGCUUCUGGGACAUAUCAAAAGCCGAGGACUCCAGCAUCUGCGCAAACACGUAUCGCCGACCUGCGCCGACCGUCAUCACGAAAAUGAGACAGUACCUGUUCAUCAGCCUUCAAGUAGGCGGUCAGCAAGCCCAGAUAUCUCAAGACGUGGUCGCAGAGGAGCAUCGCCCGGUCAUCGUCCACCGUCUCGAGCGCGACUUCUUCAUCGCCGCCUUGUGCACCAUGGCUGCCGGGAUCCUCGCCAUCGUCGGUCUUCAUUGGAAAUUCUGGGAGCUGGAUCGAGCGGUGUCUCUCAGCCCUGUGGAAACGGCAAAAGCGUUGGAUGCCCCUUUGCUGAGGGGAUCCAGCCUGUCGUGCGAGGCGGACGACAUUCUCGACGAAGUUGGGUCGACAAAAGUCAGGUACGACGGGACGUCGUUUUCUCGAUGCCAGAGCGACAGUGACGUCUUUCUGGACAAUUGGUGA